AUGGCUCAGCUGCAACUGGCUGUGUGUCCACCUGUGGAUUCUAUGGUGGCAGCUCCCAGUCUUCCAUUAACAGGGCAGAAGAGAUACCAUCCCAAGGCCCUUGGGCACCAGUCCCGGCUAGAACACUUGAAGAACAACUUCCAGCAGCAGCUCUUGUGUGACAAGGAGGAGAAACUGAAGGAUCUUUGCAUCUGCAAAAGCCGGAGUUAUUCCUGCUCGCUCUCUUCUGGGAGCAGCCAGCAGGACUCUGGACAGGGAGGCUUCUACUCUGCUGGACCCCAUAGCAGGUAUCUCACCAGCCAGACCAGUACUUUGCCCUCCAAGUGGGCAGCCAGGCGGAGAGAAGGGGUGGACCGGUCCUACCCUCUGAAACCAGUCUUUCACCGCAAAGCUGAGAGCGUUCCAGUGGUCAGCACAAGUCAGCUCAGGAGCUCGCCACCCAUGGCUGAAUCUCCCAGCAAUAGCUCUAGCUCAAAGAAGAGAGGGAAGUUGCCAGCAGCCAGGGCCCAGCCAGCUGUAUUGCCAUCUUCUUUGGCAGCAGAGCAACAUAAGCAGUCAGCCACCCAUCCAAGCAGGGCAGAGUUGGGUUACAUCCAAAGGCUGGAGGCAGCGGGGCAGAGCCUGGAGGAGGAGAUCCGGAGGAAAGAGGCCCUCCUCAGAGAGAAGCUGAGGAGAACAGAGGAGGAACUCAGGAGGAUCCAGAGAGAGAAGCAGCAGGUGGAGGUGGAAGAGAGAAAGGAGAGAGAGGGUCUGAGGAUGCAAGAGAAGAAAGCAGCAGGGCUUUCUGGGGGGAACAUUUUCAGGGCUACAUCCAGGCCCAGUGAGGGGGACUGUGGUUGGGAGCAGUCUCCAGAGGGUGCCAUGCCCAUGCCAAACAAUACCCACCUUCCCCAUGUGCAGGGCAUAGAGAGACUCAAGAAGGGGCGGCUGGUGGCCAGCAACAGCAAAAUUCAAGAGCACAUGGCUUUGGAGAGCAUGGCUUCCUGUUCAAAGUUGGUCAUGAAACACAGCCAGGGUCCACCUGCAGCAGCCCCCUCAAAGCAAGACCCUGCAGCAGAACUGUUGCAUUCACAGGAUCCCAUUGGCAGGGAGCAAGGGGAGCUAGGAGAGUGUGGCUUCUGUGGGCGUAGGUUUCUCCAUCUCCGGCUGGAGAAGCACAUGAAUGUUUGCAGCAAGAGCCAAGGCUCCAAGAGGAAAGUAUUUGACUCAAGCAUGGCGAGAGCCAGGGGAACCGAGCUGGAGCAAUAUCAGCACUGGAAGGGCAAAAACCCCACCCAGAAUGAGCCACCCAAGAACAACUGGAGACAAAAGCAUGAGUCUUUCAUCCGGACCCUGCGCCAGGCCCGUGAGAUGCAGCAUGUGAUCUCCAAAGGGGGGAAGCUCUCAGACCUGCCCCCACUGCCCCCUGUAGAGAACCCAGACUAUAUCUCCUGCCCCCACUGCAACCGCCGCUUUGCACCCAAGGUGGCAGAGAGACAUAUUCCCAAGUGCAAGACCAUCAAGAACCGACCCCCCCCACCACCACAAAGGAGACGUUAA